AUGGAAGAUACUACGCGCCGCUUCUCCAAGGUCUCGGCCUCACGCGCUGAGACCGGCGCCGACACCACCAGUGCCGAUCGAACCCUCGAGGAUAUGGGAUAUAAGCCCGAAUUGGCGCGCAAUCGAUCCAUCUGGCAGGUCACUUUCAUGUGCUUUAUUCUGUCUUCCGUGCCUUACGGUCUCUCGACUACCUUGUACUAUCCGCUCGUUGCUGGUGGCCCGGCCAAUAUUAUCUGGGGCUGGGUGGUCGUCUCUUUCCUGAUUCUCUGUGUCGCUAUUUCUCUCGCCGAGAUUACUUCGGUCUAUCCAACUGCCGGUGGAGUAUACUACCAAACGUUCGUCCUCUCGCCUCUCUGGUGCCGUCGCGUCGCGUCGUGGAUCUGUGGCUGGUCGUAUGUCGCUGGAAAUAUCACCAUCACUCUCGCCGUGAACUUUGGUACGACGCUGCUCUUCGUCGGUUGUCUCGAUGUCUUUGAAAAGUCCCCCGGCGUGGGCAUCACCGAUGAUUUCCAGGCUUAUCAGACCUUUUUGAUUUUCCUGGCCAUCACCCUGUUGACUCAUGCGAUUUCGGCCUUUGGUAACAAGUGGCUGCCCUGGUUGGAGACUUUUGCCAUCUUCUGGACCAUCGCCGGUUUGAUUUGCAUUGUCGUUUGUCUGUUGGCUAUCGCGAAAGAAGGUCGCAACAAUGCCUCCUGGGUCUUUGGUCACUUUGAGCCUCAAGCUGGCUGGCCAGCCGGCUGGUCUUUCUUCAUCGGCUUGUUGCAGGCUGCUUAUGCUACCUCGGCCACUGGCAUGAUCAUCUCUCUCUGCGAGGAAGUCCGCGAACCCGCCGUCAUGGUCCCCAAGGCCAUGGUCGGUACCAUCGUCAUCAACUUUUUCGCCGGUCUUCUCUUCCUCAUCCCCGUCUGCUUCGUCAUGCCCGAGUUGAGCCUGCUCAUCAACGCUUCUCAGCCCACUCCCGUCAUCUUCAAGCACGCCAUUGGCAACUCGGCCGGUGCCUUCUGUCUGACCAUCCCCCUGCUCGUUCUUGGUAUUAUCUGCGGUGUAGGCUGUGUUACGGCCACCUCUCGCUGCACCUGGGCCUUUGCUCGUGAUGGUGGUAUCCCUGGUUCUGGCUGGUGGCGCACCGUCGACAAGAAGCUCAACAUUCCCUUGAAUGCCAUGGCCCUUGGUAUGGUCAUUGAGAUUGCUCUGGGUGCUAUCUACUUCGGUUCUACUGCGGCCUACAACGCCUUCUCUGGUGUGGGUGUCAUCUUCUUGACGAUGAGUUACGCUUGCCCCGUGGCUGUCUCCUUGAUCUUCCGUCGUCGCGAGGAUAUCAAGAACGGCAACUUCAACUUUGGCAUCGUUGGACUCGUAGCCAACGUCUUCGCCCUUGGAUGGAGUCUCCUUGCCAUUCCCCUGUUCUGCAUGCCCACUCUCAAGGUGGUCACCAAGGAAAGUAUGAAUUACGCUUCGGUCGUAUUUUUCGGUUUCGUGCUCAUCGCAGCCAUCUGGUACGGUGUCUGGGGCUACAAGAACUACCGCGGCCCUCCCACCGACGCCGUGGAUCACGACGACGAAUCCCUCUCUCCAGGCUACCCCGAGUCCACCAAGGGUUCUGCCAAAACCGAACUGCCUGGAAAGUCCAAAAGCCCAUGA